AUGGUGGCUGGUAAGGUCCGUGUAACCAUGGGCUUUCACAAAUCGCCUUCAACCAAACCAAAAGACAUGAAUUCUCCACUUCCUCUUCCUCUCCCUCCUCCGCCUCCUCCUCCGCUUAAACCUCCUUCCGGUUCAGCUGGAAAACCGGCGAAUCCUCAGAAACCGGGUUUCACUCGCUCUUUCGGCGUUUAUUUCCCACGCGCUUCCGCUCAAGUACACAAUGCUUCUUCUCGCUCUUCUGAUCAAAAUGCCGUCGUCUCCGAGCUUCGUCGUCAGGUGGAGGAGCUUCGCGAGAGAGAGGCUCGGUUAAAGACGGAGGUUCUCGAGCUCAAACUCCUCAGAGAAUCAGUUUCCGUUAUUCCGUUGCUCGAAUCGCAGAUCGCGGACAAGGACGGUGAAAUCGAGAAUUUGAGGAAGGAGACGGCGAGAUUGGCGGAGGAGAACGAGAGAUUGAGGCGAGAAAAUGAAAGCAGCGAGGAGCAGAGGAGAGAGAGCGAGAGGAGGGAGAAGGAGAUGGAGGCGGAGACGGUGGAGCUCCGGAAACUUGUUUCGUCGACGCUGAGGGAGAGUGACGACCACGCGCUCUCGGUUUCUCAGAGGUUCCAGGGUUUAAUGGAUGUGUCGGCGAAAUCGAGCCUAAUCAGAAGUCUACGACGGGUCGGGUCGAUGAGGAGCAUACCCGACCCAAUUCCGAAUCAAGAGAGCAAGACCGUUUCGUCCGGCGAUGCCGACGGCGACAUUUACAGGAAAGAAGAGAUCGAGAGUCAUUCCACGAGUAACUCGGAGGAACUCACCGAGUCAUCUCUCUCAACCGUCAGAUCUAGGAUUCCCAGAGUCCCGAAACCACCGCCUAAACGUUGUUUUUCAUCCAACGGCUUAGUCGAUUCCACGGAGAACAGAGCAGAUCCGCCACCCCAGAGAACAAUUCCGCCUCCUCCUCCGCCUCCGCCACCCCUUCUUCAUCAACCACCACCUCCUCCUCCGUCUUCCAAAGCCCCUCCUCCACCUCCUCCACCGCCGCCGCCGAAGAGCUUAAACAUAGCGUCGGCGAAAGUGAGAAGAGUACCGGAAGUGGUGGAGUUUUACCACUCGUUGAUGCGAAGAGACUCCACAAACUCGAGACGAGAUUCCACCGGCGGUGGUAACGCCGCCGCGGAGGCAGUACUUGCUAGCUCCAAUGCCAGAGACAUGAUCGGAGAAAUCGAAAACCGAUCGGUUUAUCUCCUCGCGAUCAAAACCGACGUAGAAACGCAAGGAGAUUUCAUAAGAUUCUUGAUUAAGGAGGUCGAAAACGCUGCGUUUUCAGACAUCGAAGACGUCGUCCCUUUCGUCAAAUGGCUCGACGACGAACUCUCUUACCUGGUUGAUGAAAGAGCAGUGUUGAAACACUUCGAAUGGCCGGAGCAAAAAGCAGACGCGUUGCGUGAAGCGGCGUUUUGCUAUUUCGAUCUGAAGAAACUCAUAUCGGAAGCUUCUCGUUUCCGGGAAGAUCCUCGUCAGUCUUCUGCUUCUGCUCUUAAAAAAAUGCAAGCUCUGUUCGAAAAGUUGGAGCAUGGUGUUUAUAGUCUGUCGAGAAUGAAGGAAUCAGCGGCGGCAAAAUUCAAGAAUUUCCAGAUUCCGGUCGAUUGGAUGCUCGAAACCGGCAUUACUAGCCAGAUAAAACUGGCGUCUGUGAAGCUAGCGAUGAAGUAUAUGAAGAGAGUAUCGGCGGAGCUGGAAGCCAUUGGAGGCGGUGGCCCUGAAGAGGAAGAGCUUAUCGUUCAAGGCGUACGAUUCGCAUUCCGUGUUCAUCAGUUCGCCGGAGGAUUUGAUGCAGAGACAAUGAGGGCAUUUCAAGAGCUAAGAGAUAGAGCAAGAUCAUGUCAUGUUCAGUGUCAAAGCCAAACACAUCAACAACAUAAACUUGUUUUUCGAUCCACCCCUUGUUGA